GCCGUUGGGCUGGCUGCUCUGUGUCCCCGUCCUGGCUGAGCAGGAGUUGGCGAGCCACAGGCACUUUCUUCUUCCCCUGGGCUGAGUGGAAACUGGCAAUCCUGCAGAUUGGGAGCCAAACUGGAACUCCUUCCAUCUGUGUCCAGUCAUACAAGGAUUUGGAUGGGCUCCAAAGGAAGGUCUUACAGAGCACUUAAUCAAGUGCCCCGGAGGUUACAUUUCAGGAAAGCUCUCUUGGAUCCAAGACAAAGGCGGGGUGUAAAAAGCGAAAACAAGAGUCGCCUGAGUCAGAGGUCCUUUGGUCUCCUCCUCACUCAAGACCGCGCUUCUCUCCCAGAUGAAACAGCUCGGUGCCAUGGCUCCGGGGCAGAACCAGUCAGUGGAAUACUACUAUGAGGACAAUGAAAUGAAUGACACUUAUGACUACAGCCAGUAUGAAUCAAUCUGCAUAAAAGAAGAGGUCCGGCAGUUUGCAAAAGUCUUCCUCCCUGCCUUCUUCACAGUAGCCUUUGUCAUUGGACUGGCUGGGAAUUCCAUAGUGGUGGCAAUUUACACCUAUUACAAAAAACAGAGGACCAAGACAGAUGUGUACAUCCUGAAUCUGGCUGUGGCAGACUUGUUGCUUCUGGUCACGUUGCCUUUCUGGGCAGUGAGCGCAGUUCAUGGGUGGAUUCUAGGGAAAAUUAUGUGCAAAGUAACUUCGGCCCUGUACACUGUAAACUUCGUCUCUGGGAUGCAGUUCCUGGCUUGUAUCAGCAUUGACAGAUACUGGGCAAUCACUAAGGCCCCCAGCCAAUCAGGAGCGGGGAGACCCUGCUGGAUCAUAUGUUGCUGUGUGUGGGUGGCUUCUAUCUUGCUGAGCAUACCCCAGCUGGCUUUUUAUACUGUGAAUCCCAAUGCCAGGUGCACGCCCGUCUUUCCCCACCACCUAGGAACAUCCCUGAAAGCCUCCAUUCAGAUGCUGGAAAUCUGCAUCGGCUUUGUGAUUCCCUUUCUUAUCAUGGGGGUGUGCUAUGCCAUCACUGCAAGGACACUCAUCAAGAUGCCCAACGUUAAAAAGUCUCGCCCCCUCAAGGUCCUGCUCACAGUGGUUGUAGUUUUUAUUGUCACUCAGCUGCCUUAUAACAUUGUCAAGUUCUGCCAAGCCAUAGAUGCCAUCUACUUGCUGAUCACCAACUGCGACAUGAGCAAGCGCAUGGAUGUUGCCAUCCAAGUCACAGAGAGCAUCGCGCUCUUCCACAGCUGCCUCAACCCUGUCCUGUAUGUCUUCAUGGGUGCCUCUUUCAAAAACUAUAUCAUGAAAGUGGCCAAGAAAUAUGGAUCCUGGAGAAGACAGAGACAGAAUGUGGAGGAAAUUCCUUUUGAUUCCGAGGGCCCUACAGAGCCAACUAGUUCUUUUACCAUUUAAAUUUAAAACUGCUCUCUGCUUUUUGCUUGGGGACACACACACACACACACACACACACACACACACACACACACACACACACACACACACGUGAUGGUUCUUCCUCAAAUAAAAUAUUUGUGUUACACUGA